AUGGCUUCAAUCACCUCCGUCGUGAAGACUAGCGAGCUUAUCCUCAAGUCUCCUCUCCUCAGCAAGAUUGUUGUUCCUCUUGCCAAGACCUAUGUCAAGUUCUCCGGAUACCGACAGCUUGGUUUCAAGAUGAACGAUCUGAUCAUUGAGGAAACCCCCAACAUGCAGCUCGCUCUCCGACGACUCCCUCCCACCGAGUCUUACGACCGAGUCUACCGACUCAUCCGAGCCACUCAGUUCUCUCUGUCUCACAAGCUUGCCACUGGUAACGACAUCACCAAGCCUGAGGAGGACGACCACUACCUCAUUCCUUACAUCCUCGACGUUGAGGCUGAGGCUUUUGAGAAGGAUGCUCUUGACAACCUCGAGGUUGUUAAGCGAAAGUAG